CCCAUUCCCAAACGCACCUUUCAGUCUUGUAAUUUUAACUCUCACCAACUCUCUUCAGAGAGAAAAGAGAAUCAAAAGCUACCGUACACAUCUCUUCACUUCACCCAUUUAUUCCUCUCACCACAAAACCGUGACACUCUCUUAUUUACCUUCCACUACUCCUUUUUCUACAUUACUGCAACUGUACAAACAUUCAAAUUCACCAAUUUAACUGAAUCAUCAUUCAUUUCAUAAUUUCAUAUUCUCUCAAUUCAUCAAUGGAUCUCACUCAAGCCACACUUGAGAUCUUCUCCAAACUUGAACACAAAUGGCUUUCUCAUUGCAAAGACACCACCAAAACUCGCAUUCUCAGCAUUGAUGGCGGAGGAACCACCCCCAUUGUAGCCGGUGCUUCAUUAAUCCAUCUCGAGGAUCAGAUCCGUCUCCAGACCUCCGAUCUCCAUGCUCAGGUAUCAGAUUUCUUCGACAUUGUCGCUGGUACCGGCAUUGGCGCUAUUCUUGCUGCAAUGAUAACUGCUGCAGAUUCAUUAGGUAGGCCUCUGUAUACUGCAAGAGAAGCCGUCCGUAUCAUCACUGAGAGAAACUCUGAACUGUACAAGCACAAAUCCGCCGGAGUUUUUCGCCGUCGCCGGAGAUUCUCUUCGAAGAACAUGGAUAACGUGUUGAAGCAAGUGUUCCUUAGAAAAGAGGAUCAAAAGUUGUUGACCUUGAAGGACACGUGUAAACCGUUGCUUAUACCUUGCUUUGACCUCAAGAGUUCGGCUCCAUUCGUUUUUUCACGAGCCGAUGCGUUAGAAUCUCCGAGUUUCAACUUCGAACUCUGGAAAGUGUGCCGCGCCACGUCAGCAACACCGAGCCAUUUUAAGCCGUUUAACUUCACAUCCGUCGACGGAAAAACCUCCUGCUCCGCCGUAGACGGCGGUUUAGUCAUGAACAAUCCAACGGCUGCUGCAGUGACGCAUGUUCUCCAUAACAAGCGCGAUUUUCCAACGGUAAACGGCGUGGAGGAUCUUUUGGUACUUUCAUUGGGAAACGGAUCGUCGAACUCGAAGACAUGCGAGAACCGCACGUGCUCAACGCCGUCGGUGGUUGACAUUGUUCUCGACGGUGUUUCCGAGACUAUUGACCAAAUGCUUGGAAACGCUUUCUGUUGGAAUCGUACGGAUUACGUCAGAAUUCAGGCGUUUGGUUUGGGAAGCGAAGGAGGGACGGAGGAGGAGGAGGUGCUGAAUGAAAGAGGAUUGGAGUCGUUACCGUUUGGCGGGAAGCGGUUAAUGACGGAGACUAACGGAAACAGAAUUGAUAGCUUUGUCCAACGUCUUGUUGCUACCGGAAAACCCAGCCCACCGUUCAGUCCUUGCAAGGAUUCAACCGUUACUUCUCUUGCUAACGGACGCUAGUUUUUGUUUUUUUACUAGCUUUUUUAACUAGCUUUCUUAACGCUGUAAAACUGUAACCAAUGUUUUUUACUACCAUGCAAUGCCAGCUGUUAGAGUUACUAUUAGUACUAGUAGUAUUUUAGCUUGUAGUCAUUAUUUUUUUUU